AUGCAAGCUGAAGACCCAUCUCAAACUUGUCACAUCAAAAAGAAAAGGGUUGGCAAGGCUUGUGACUCAUGUCGUAUCAAAAAGACCAAAUGUGAUGGAAAAAAGCCUUGCAAUCGAUGCUUGCUAGACAACAAAAUAUGUGUCUUUACCGAGAAGAGGAAAAUCAAAGAGAAGAACCAUCCACCAGGAUACAUUGAGUUGUUGGAAACUAGAUUGGAUAUCUUGUCAAAACUGUUUGAGAAAUUAAUUGAGUUGUCAAGACCCCAUUUGUCCUUUAUCGAUGAAAUUUUGCAAGAUGAAGUCAUGACUAAGAGAGAAUACGGCGAUGACAUGUCACCUUCACCAACGGAGGCUGAAGAACUGGACAAGGCUAACAGUAUUCCCAACAUUAACAAAGUUGUGUCAUACUUGAUUGGGAAACGUGGAUUGUUGCAAAACGUUCCAAUUGAAUGGGAAGAAGGUGCUUUAAUAGCUGCCAAUUUAGAGGGAGACAAUUUGCAAUCUUCAUCAAAGCUGUUUGCUGAACACAAAGCAGAAAGGCUUGUUGGGAGUGAAUCAGCUUCAUCUAUGUUACACUCUUCUCCAAGACUGAAGCCGUUAAACAGAACAAACUCAACCUCAUCGACAAAAUCGCAUAUCAAGAAAAAAGUCAAGGAAGAACCCGUGUCGCCAAAUUCAUUACAUAGCUUUUCUUGCAAUGUCAAUGGCAACAGUAAUGACAACAGCAACCUUUCUAGUGGUAACUUUAACCUCAAUGCAGAUGACCAAUGGCUUGCAAAUGACGCAAUGUUAUCAGAAUUCGAUAGUGACUCCCCGGAAAGAAACCAUGGAGUGUCUCCACCAAGCAUUCAUGAGCAUAAGCGUCGAUUAAGUGGUGAUUAUAACGGGCACAACCACAUACCGCUCACUGCUUCAUUAUUUUCCAACAACUUCCUUCCCAGCCAGCCAAUAAGCAAGAACUCGUCCGUUACGUCAUUGAGUAACAAAUACGAAGCCCAUACUUUGACAUCGGCACCAAAUUCUUCAACAACUGCCACACCACUAUCCUCCAUUUUUACCAGCAAUAGUCCAAUAACAAUGUCAACUCUACGCAGAUCUUCAUCAACACUAUCACAGACACAGCACAACAAAUUGAAAAGUUGCAUUGCUCACCAUCACCAUGUUCAUAAACCAACCCAUCACAACCGCCAGGGGUCAAUUGACUUGAAAAAAAGAAACAACAGCGUUGAAAUAUCUCCAGCUGGUUCUGUACAUGAUUUAUUUUCCAAUUCCCAGCCGUCAUCGGCAGUUGCAUCAUUGGCUGAUGAAUUCAAUGAGACUGACAGAUACUACGAUGCAACUGGCGAAGGUAUCACAUUGCAAUCAUCAUUUGCUCCCUCUAUCACUAACGAACUGAUGGAAAGAACAAUUGACGAUAGUUUCUACAAUGGCGUCGCUCGUGGACCAUCAAACAUUCAAGGACCGGGUGCGUUUGAUGUAUUGAUUGGCGCGUACGAGGACUCAUUUAACAAUAACAGGUCGUUCUUGGAGAAGUAUUGA